GCCUCCAUCCCUGUGGCUCUUGUUGUGAUUGACAGUCAUGCUGAACUUUCGUUUUGCUCACUAGCGUCUCCGAUAUGUUUUGAACGUUUAAAGGACGAUGUCAGAUAUACUGAUGAAAGAAAUGGAGAGUCUAUCGAUUGGCCCCAUGAAGCCAGAGCAGUUAGGGGACGGGGCCCGGAGCUUCCUGCUGGUGGACGAACAAGAAAACCUGCAGGUGCAAAACGAGGCUGAGUUUGUGGAGAGGCUCGGCUGUGCAGACGUCCCUGGGGUCAAGGUGCUCUCCAUCUUUGGCAACACUGGCGAUGGCAAGUCCCACACGCUUAACCACAUCCUGUUUGGGGGUGAGAGCGUGUUUUACACCUCCAAGUCCCCCAGCUCCUGCACGGUAGGGGUGUGGGCCGCAUACGAUCCCUCUCUGAACCUGAUCGCUCUGGAUACUGAGGGUCUGUUGGGAGCUGCGGCCAAUCAAAACCAGAGAAUGCGCCUCCUUUUAAAGGUUUUGGCCGUGUCUGAUAUCGUUGUCUAUCGCACGCGGGCAGAACGUCUCCAUAAUGACAUGUUCCAGUUCCUGAGCAGCGCAUCGAGGGCCUACCUGAAGCACUUCACCUCAGAGCUGAGGGCCCUGUCCAAACGGUGUGGCUUGGACGUGCCCUUGUCCUCUCUUGGGCCUGCGGUCAUCGUAUUUCAGGAGACUACACACACUCAGCUUCUGGGCCACGAUUCUAAAGGGCCCGGUUAUGCUGACACCCUCCUCCAGAAGCGGUUCCAUGACCUUGGUCUGGGGACCGAAGCCUUCAGCUCUGUCCAGUAUGUCGGCACUCAGACCAUCACCCCCCCGACAGAUUACAACAAGCUGCUGGAUGCCGUCAGGCAGCAAGUGAACAACACUCACACACGCUCCCCCCGCCAGCCGGGGAUAGUGUUUCAUGCUCUGGAGGCUCUGAGCGAGCGUUUCUGCGGGGAACUGUCCGACGAUAAGAUGACGCUGUACUCCUUCUUUCCAGACGAGUAUUUCACCUGCUCCUCUGUGUGCCUCAGCUGCAACAUCCGCUGUAAGAACGGCAUGAAUCAUCUAAGAGACCGGGUCCCCCACAUGGCGGAUGGACUCUGCCAGUUUGCACAUCAGUACAACAACAAGGUCCUCAUCUGUAAACGGUGCUAUGAAGGAGGCAAAGAGGUGAUUGUCGUGCCCAAAACCUCGGCUUCCUCUGACAACCCGUGGUUCGGGCUGGCCAAAUACGCCUGGUCAGGAUAUGUGUUGGAGUGCGCCAGCUGUGGCGUUAUCUACAGGAGCAGGCAGUACUGGGUGGGCAACCAGGACCCUGAGAGCGGCGUGGUGCGGUCCGAGGUCAAACACGUCUGGGAGGAUUCUGAGACCUUUCUGACCAGCCACCAGAACGCCGCUCAGAGGGUUCUGGACGGGAUGAACUACGUGAUCCAGUCAGUGUCUGAGUAUGGGACCGGCCCGACCAAAGCAGUGACAGCCUGGCUCACUGACCAGGUGGCUCCUCCAUACUGGAAACCCAACGCAGAGAUCACUGCCUGCCAUGAAUGUCAUAAAGAGUUUGAGGAGGCGGAGAGGAAGCAUCACUGUCGGUCGUGCGGCGAGGGUUUCUGUCAUCCCUGCUCCAGCCAGAGGAUGCCGGUGCCGGAGAGGGGCUGGGGCAGCAGCCCGGUCCGAGUUUGUAAGAACUGCUUCCGUCAGGGAGGCCCCCCUGACAGCAACAGCCAGGUGUCCAAAGUGGAGCCUGGAGGUCUGAUAGCUCGCAGGGUGACGGAGGUCGCCCAGUCUACAGUGGAUAUGGUCACCACAGCUUUGGACUACCCACGAUCUUUUGUUAAGGACGUGGCGCGGCCUGACUACUGGGUCCCGGACCAAAACAUCACCCAGUGCCAUGAGUGCCAGAAGACCUUCACUCCAGCCAUGUCUAAGCACCACUGCAGGGCCUGUGGGCAGGGGGUGUGCGGCCCCUGCUCUGCUCACAUCAAACCCGUGCCUUCCAGAGGCUGGGACCACCCGGUCAGGGUGUGCGACAGCUGCUUCGCCCGCACCGACGCCCUGUGAACGUCACAGUCUUCCUCAGAAGGUCCCGGUCAGCACUGUGAAUCCCAACACUGCUGGAAACCCAGAGAGAUCGACCCAACAGCUCUAAGAGGCUCAACUGGAACUAGCUCUGUUUAAUAGACACUAAAGAAGAGGCUCUAAAUGAUCACUAAGAGGAGCGUUAGCUGUACGGAUCUACAUGCCUUUAUUUCACAAACUGGUUCUGGGUCAGUAAUGAGACGUAAAGAUCAUUUCUAUAGCAGGUCUUAGACUGAGUGGAUUAAAAAAGCAAGUUGGACGUUUAUUUCCUCUUACUGGACACUUUUUAAAAAAGUUCUCAUCAAAGAACUUAAAUUCUUUACGGCACUUUAGAUGAUCGCUUUAACCCUUCCUGCAGCGGGCUGCUCAUCCUCAUCUGGAAUUAUUAACUAGCCAAAAUUAACAAGGGAAAUUUUAAAUUCCUCAAGCCUUAAAAAGCAUCCUGGUCUCUGCAAUUUUAUUCGCACAAACUCUUAGAUAGCAGAGGCUGCGUGUGUUUAAGCUUGGAGGUGUUCGUGUGGUAAAGAGCUUGGUCUGCAGCAGCGUGUGCCUUCAUGGGUAUCUUACUACUCAGUCAAACAUAUCGUUUGUGUUUAAAUCAUGGAAUUCACUUCAACUCAAGGCCUUGAUCUUCAUCAAACUUUUUUUAAGUUGCAUCCGUAUGAAAGAGAUGUGAUCAAUUAAAAUCUCAACAUAUUCAGACAUUCCAGUGGGUUAAACAGCCCUGAGAUGCAGAGUAGAUAUACCUCUAAGAAAGCUAAUGCAGCUACGCUAAACCAGGCAAACUAUCUCAUCCAGUCACAUAUAAACAUAAUAGUUGGGUUUAUAACUGAA